CACACCCCGCCGAGCACCCCCCGGGGCUCCGUCGCGCGGUCCCGCCCCCGUGACGCCACUUCCUGCGGGCACGCGGGGUGCCGGUGGCGGUGCCGCGGCCCCUUUAAGGCCGGGCGCGCCAUGGUGCUGCUGCCGCGCGGCCCCGCGGGGCCCCUCCCGAGGAUCGAGGACUGCCUGCCCCCGCUGGAGAGCUCCCCCUCCAAGCGCUUCUCCCCGUCCAAGCGCAAGCAGUACUACAUCAACAAGGCCGUCCGCAACUCCGACCUCACCCCCAAGGCCAAGGGCCGCAAGAGCCUGCAGCGGCUGGAGAACACCCGGUACCUGAUGACGCUGCUGGAGCGAGACGAGUGCGGCAGCGAGGAGGCAGAGCUCGCCCACGCCGCCACCCCCAGCAUCUUCGCCGAGGCCUGCAACAACGAGACCUACGUGGAGAUCUGGAACGACUUCAUGAACCGCUCGGGAGAGGAGCAAGAGCGAGUCCUGCGCUACCUGGAGGAGGAGGCCCGGCAGAAGCAGGAGAGGAAGCUGCCUGUGAAGAACAAAGAGAAGUGGAAAGAGCACCCUGCCUACACACCCAAGGAGUGCUUCCAGCGCAUCAGCCGCCGCCUGCGCUCCACCCUGAAGCGGGGCAGGAUCCCCAUGGGGACGCUGGAGGGCCUGGAGGAGGAGCUGCUGGCCUUCUUCUCGGUCACCCCGCACUCCGUCUACACGGCGCUGAUGGACAACAGCUUCGAGCGACUCCUGCUCCACGCGCUCUGCCAGUACAUGGACCUCGUGUCUGCCAGUUCGGACAUCGAAGGCAAGCGCCAGAUGAAAGUGAGCAACAAGCACCGCGUCUUCCUGCCCCCACAGCUCCUGCUCUCAGACUACCUGGGCCAGAUGAGCUGAUGGUGGGGGCCGGCCCGCCCCCCGCCCGGCACCGAACCCUCCGCUCGCCUGCCCCCAGGCCCCAGCUCCUCGCUCCCGGGCCGUGUCCGUGCCUGUAUUUAUUACCGGGUGCUCUCACCGGGGUGGCCGGGCCGGCCCCACUGAUGCCUGCCGGUGCUGGCGGUGCCAUUGGGGCCCGGCCGUCCCCGUGUGGAGCCCGGCCUGCACGUGGGGCUGGCACCACGGCCUGCGCGGGGCAGCGGGGCUGUUUUUAAUCGUAAUACAGCCUGGUUUUAUGUCUGUA